AAGAUGGCGACGUCUCUGGGCUCCAACACCUACAACAGGCAGAACUGGGAAGACGCAGACUUCCCUAUUCUGUGUCAGACGUGCCUUGGAGAAAAUCCUUACAUCCGGAUGACCAAAGAAAAAUAUGGAAAAGAAUGCAAAAUUUGUGCCAGGCCGUUCACAGUGUUCCGCUGGUGCCCCGGUGUUCGCAUGCGUUUUAAGAAGACUGAAGUGUGCCAAACCUGCAGCAAGCUAAAAAAUGUAUGUCAGACCUGCCUUUUGGACCUAGAAUAUGGCUUACCUAUUCAGGUCCGUGAUGCAGGACUAUCCUUUAAGGACGACAUGCCUAAAUCUGAUGUGAACAAAGAAUAUUAUACCCAGAAUGUUGAACGAGAGAUUUCUAACUCUAACGGAACUCGGCCAGUUGGUGUUCUUGGAAAAGCUACAGCUCCAAGUGACAUGCUGCUUAAAUUGGCUCGGACGACCCCUUAUUAUAAACGGAAUCGUCCUCACAUUUGUUCCUUCUGGGUGAAAGGAAAAUGUAAAAGAGGAGAGGAGUGUCCAUAUAGACACGAGAAGCCUACAGACCCUGAUGAUCCUCUUGCUGAUCAGAACAUCAAAGAUCGAUAUUAUGGCAUUAAUGAUCCUGUGGCAGAUAAGCUUCUAAAACGGGCUUCAACAAUGCCUCGCCUGGACCCUCCAGAUGAUAAGACCAUAACCACUCUGUAUGUUGGUGGUCUGGGAGAUACAAUUAGUGAGACGGAUCUCAGAAAUCACUUUUACCAGUUUGGUGAGAUCCGAACAAUAACAGUUGUACAGAGACAACAAUGCGCUUUCAUCCAGUUUGCUACAAGGCAAGCUGCAGAGGUGGCUGCGGAGAAGUCCUUCAAUAAACUGAUUGUAAAUGGGUGCAGGCUUAAUGUGAAAUGGGGAAGAUCUCAAGCAGCCAGAGGAAAAGAAAAAGAAAAAGAAGGAACCACAGACUCUGGACAGGAACAGAUUUUACCUCUCCAGGGGCUUAAUUCCAGCCUAUGGGUCCCUUGCCUCUGGACACAGUAG